AUGGCGACGUGGAAGUAUGGGCUUCAAACUCUCACGCGACAACAUCGUCAAGAAGCUCUCGAGUUUUUGAUGAACAAUUUCCGGAAAGAUGAGCCAUUGUCGAGGGCCGCUUCAAUAACCUGCUCGGAAAUCGAAACAUGCUUCAAUAGUGUGCUUGAUCGAUGCCUGCUUCAUCCAUUGUCUGUCGUAGCUCGCUGCAAGGAAACCAACAAAUUAGUCGGAUGUAUGCUGAAUUCGGUGUGGCGAAAGGAGGACGCGUUGAAAGAGGCGCAAAAGAAGGCGGCCGAGGAAGAUUUCAAGUUUUCGUCGGAACGACUGCCGGUUCGAACGCUUGGCGAAAUUCUCAAUGAGCUGCACGACUCGUUCUGGAGCCUCAAGCCGGAGCAUGAUGUCGUGCUCCAUUUUGAAAUCGCCUCGGUGAACCAGAAUUUUCGACGACAGGGAAUGGCGUCGCAAUUUUUGAAGUGGACGGAGGAUAUUGAUCGCUUAAAAAGUGUAAAUGCUAGUGGAAUUCUCGCGGAAGCCACCUCUCUCGCUAAUCAAACUCUUCUUUCUCGAAAAGGAUAUGAGACACUUGCUACAACAAUGCUGAAUAUGAAAUGCGAUACGAAUGGCGAGCAAAUUUUGAAAUGCGAUGAUGGAACUGAUCGCGUGUUGCUAAUGUUCAAGGAAUUCAAAUAUUAA